AUGGCAGCUCCCGUCUUAUCAAACCUGAAGAAAGAUCGCUGCGAGGAUGUUGUGACCAAAGUGGCCCAGUCAAGGUUUCGACAUCAGAGCGAUUGUGGGCGCCCCUCCUGCCCACAAGCAUGGGGAGGUCUGAUCAAGCAAAGUGCCCUGCAUCGGCACUGGCGCGGAGCGCUGUACAGCCUGUUUGCAAUGCAUGUGCAGGGCUUCAAACCCAACACAGUUGCCUGGAACCUGGCUACGGCAGCCUGUGGCAGAUGCCAGAAGUGGCAGGCGACUCUCAGGUUGAUGACCACUGCAAGUCAAGCCGCAGAUCAAAUAACGUACAACACAGCAGCCAAGCUGACUUGUGAAGUCGGACGGUGGGAAGUUGGACACAGAUGCAUCGCUGGUGCAUCGGAAAGGCGAAUAGAGCCGGAUGCGGCUAGCAGCUGGUCGAUGUGCUUGCAUGAAUUCGCAGUCCUGGAAAGUUGUGAUGCAACUGCCUGCACGUCAGCGUUGAGUGCUUUGUGCUCUGAGCUGCAGUGGCAAGCAGGAAUGAAUCUUCUUGAAGAAUUCUUCUGUCAAGCCUUGGAGGCUGACGUGGCCAUGGUUGGGACGGGGAUUGCCGCUAUCUCUGCGAGUGACAGGUGGCAUUGCUCGCUGAAUUUGUUUUCGCUACUUCACUCUCGCACCCUGCGUGCCGACAGCAUAUGCUUGGGAGCAUGUGCGAAUGGCUUCGUGCAGCGCGCGAACUGGUUCCAGGCGGUUCAUCUUGGAACGCUGCUUAUGGCGGAGGACCUGCAACUUAACCGCGUCUUCUGCAAUUCAGUGCUCGGCGGAUUCCAGAAGUGCGGGCGCUGGGAGUCUUUGGGAGUUAUGCUGCGAAAUGCUGGCGGUGGGCCUGACCUCGUCGCGAUGAACACUGCGGUUGCCGCCUGUGAGAAGGGCUCGAUCUGGCAGCAAGCAACGUUGCUACUUGAGGAAGCAAAGGUGUUGGAUAUUCAGCCGGACGCCAUUUUUGGCAGCGCAGUUCUGACUGCUUGUCAGGAUGCAGCAUCGUGGCAACUGCAACUGCAACAUUUCUGGGGUUUUUGUGGUGAAGGCUGCCAUGAGCCACGUGCAGCCUUGUGCAAUUCAGUUCUAAGUGCUGGUGUUGCAUGGCAGCCGGCUUUGCACAUCAUUGGGCAACUUUGUCUGUGGCGGCUCCGUCCAGCAGCGGUGGCUUGCGGAGCCUCUUUACGGUGCUUCUCCGCCGAAGGUGGCCGCUGGCGUGACGGGAUAGAGCUGCUAGACACUUUGCUUGCGGACUGGAUCUGGUGGAGUUCGACGAUGAAGCAGAAUCAGGUAUGGUGCUCUGUUCUUCGUGUCCCAGGCAUUUCCUGGAAGGCAUCUCUGGAUAUCCUCCACACCAUGCGCGUGCACAUAGCUGAGGCUGAUGCAACACUCCUAGCAACAGUGGUCGAAGCUUGUGACAAAGCCAGCCAGUCCAAAGGAAAGCUUCAGCCGUUGCUGGCGGAUGUGGCGAGGGAAGCAGUGCUCGGUGCUUGCUUUGAUUGUGGUGUGGACGGGUCCAGGGAUUCCAGGAUGAAGAAAAAGACCGACAUGCGUCCAAACACCCCCAUCCCCAAGACGGGCAAGUACGUGAAACCGCACUUGAAGGAGGUUUACAAGUUCUUCCGAGAUGAAUGGGUCAACUGCAACGUUUUUCGGUCUCCCGGGCCGAUGCAGCUGGAUUCCUCCGGUGAUGUUGGGCCGCUGUCUGAGAGGCCCAUUACCUUGCUCGCAGACUACUUCAGUGUGGAUGAGCUCAAGCAGAUUGUCCAACCGAGCGCACAGCCUGCUCCGCUGAUCAUGUGCAAGGAGCCGCUAGUCGUUCGAGAUGUUCGCUUGCGCGAGAACUUGAGCUUUUUGGAGCAGGAGCGACUGAACUACGAGCCAGCCUUGCCAGGCUACUUGCGCGAUCGGGUCACCUGGCAGGAGGAUGAACUGGCACCACACUCGUGUGACAACAUUGAGGAGUUGGUCCAGUCUUUCCCUCUCAUGCAUGCACAGGUGUGCGCAAUACGACUGGUCCCGCCUAUUGCAGUAGAAGGAGAUGAGGUUGACACAAUGGUAUCCGAGCGAUCGCCAACAUCGAUGAGACACACGGCAGUGACAUCUGACUAUGGGAAGCCUAUGACUGUCGGCAUCGUCUUUGCCAGCAGCCAGGUCCCGGGCUACCAUCCGGUCAUUGCUGGCCUUUUUGAUUACUUGGCGGGCCUCAACCAAGAGACCAAGCUCAUCGGCUUCUUUUGUGGGUAUGAAGGCCUCCUCAAGGACCUGUGGGCGCCGGUCACAAAGGACAUGGUUGACCAAUUUCGGAACUUGGGCGGGCAGGAUCUGCUGUGUCAGUUUGGCGACCCUUCGACUCUCGCUUUCAAAGACCACUUGCAGGCUGCAAUCGAAACGAUUUCCCGGCACAAGCUGGAUGGCCUUGUUCUGGUGGGAAAUGAAGCGAACCAGGUUGACUCAGCGUUCCUGGCAGAAGCCUGUGCAGCUUCUCGACUGAGUACCAGAGUUAUCGGCGUGCCUGUAUCCUUGGACUGCAACUUCCCGUUCGUGCAGCAGACAAUCGGCUUUGACACCGUGACACGAACUCUGUCAGCCUUCAUUGGCACAAUCGGAAAUCUUGUAAAGACUUCGAGGAAUAUGUGGAUCUUCGUCCGGACUAUGGGCGAUGCUUGGUCACAUGUAGCGGUACAGAUCGCACUGCAAACUCACGUGCACAUGGUGCUCCUGUCUGGUAGUCAGCUGUUGGGUCAGUACUUGGUCAACAUCGUCUCGUGCCUUUGUGACCUCAUCGUGAAGCGCCAUGAUGCAGGGGAGGACUACGGGAUCAUCAUGCUCCCCGUCGGGUUUGUCAACGACAUCCUCGAGCUUCGCAUCUUGUUUGCGGAGCUUAUGGAGGUGAUGUCCAAGGACCAUUACGAACAGAGUUGGGAGUCCAUUCCCAAGAUAGCUGCGCGGCUAAAGCCAGCAACAGCUGCAUUGUUUGAUGUCAUCCCGCGGGAUGUGCAGUUCGAAAUCUGCUUUGGUGGCAGAGAGAGGUACAUGAACAAAAUCGACUUCUCUACCAUUUCCACCGACCGGCUCUUGCUUCGCUUUGUGGAGAUGGAGCUGCUCCGGCGUCGACAACUUGGCCACAUAUCUAAGGAUUUCUUCAAUGGCAUGUGCUAUCCGAUGGCUUACCAGGCAAGAUCUGCCAUGCCAACAAAUUUCGAUUGCGAUUUGGCGUAUACCCUCGGCUGGUCCGCUGGAAUCAUGGUCAACUUGGAGAAAACGGGCCAACUUGUUCACGUCUCGCAUUUGGAGAAGGAUGUCAGCGAGUGGCGUGUGCGGGGUCUUCCACUGACCUGUUUGUUGCGAACCGAGUUCGAGGAAGAAACGCAGGAAUAUCGAAUCCUUCCAGCUUACGUGCACUUGUUGAAGCAAAGAAAUGUGAGAAGGCCAUUCGUUGACUUGCCCCCACCGAAGAACAGGACUAUUCAGACUCUCGGCCCAGUACAGUACACGCGAGACACGCCUGAACUGAGGACCACUUGGUACAUGGAAAAUCAACCAAUCCAGGAUCCAACGGAAGCCCUGCGAGAAACCGCCUAUCUUUGCAGUGAGCUGCACUCCACCAUGGCGUUGGCGAAGGCAGAGUCGACUCUCUACGCUGUCAACAGCUUGCUGGACAAUGCCGUAUCCGUGCUGGAUGCCUACAAGCGGCUGCAUGACUCGAAGAAGCGGGGCCAACAGUCCUUGGCAGAAGUCCCAAUGGAGCAUCUGGCAAAGGUGUGGACGACGAAGCACAUGGACAGAUCCGACCACCAAGGCUUGGAACACAGGACUCAUCACUCCACGCGCGGGGAGGUGCUCACGAAAAACACAGACCUCGUACUUGCAUAG